ACAGCUUCGAGCGUAGUCUACCUGGGGCAGUGCAGGCAUGAUUGAACGAGAGUAUUGAUGCUAUCCAACACGCCCAUCUUUGCUGAUGUGGCUUUCCGAUUGCGAUCUGGCCAUGUCUCUGCCGGUGAGAUGGCCUCCAUGGCAUCUGGACUCGAAUCGGCGACGACCGCGAUCAUCUCAUCACCACGACUCCCUUCGACCCGGCCGUUGAGCCAUCGCUGGGAUCGCUCUCGGGGUCUCGUUCUCGAGCGUGCGAGUCGGCGAAUCCGUACCGAUCGCACCUGGAAGCAGGGAAAUGGCAUGUAUGCCUUGCCAGCGUCAAAGAGGUCAUAUGCAACGCGAGAGUUGGGGCGCCCGAGUGGUAGCCAGAGAACCACUGCGACGGGGACUACUUCCUACGUGGACAACCCGCACAGGGUGCCAGGCUUCACGGGAGCGUCACCACAGCAGAUUGAGCAAUUGGCUAGAAAAGUGAAGAAGCUUGAAGGCGAAGCCUCACAGCGGCAAUAUGAAUUUGACAAAUUGAAAGACAGCAUCAAGAGCAAGGAUGUCAUACUGGAACAGCGUGAGUUCGUGCUUCAGGAUUCAUUGCAACAACUAGAUCAGGCAAGGAGAGCGCAUAAAAAGGAAUUAGAAAAGCUACUGGCAGCGCACUGGAAGGAGUCGGAAAAGCUACGGGUAGCGCACCAGAAGGAGUCGGAACAGCUACGGGCAGCGUACCAGAAGGAGUCGGAACAGCUACGGGCAGCGUACCAGAAGGAGUCGGAACAGCGACAGACAGAGCAGCAGAAAGAGGUAGAAACAUUGCAACAGAGCCUCAGGCAGGAACAGGAAGCAGGAAGACUGGAGCUCCAAACGGCGAUUGAAAAGCAUGCGCAGGAGUUGCAGGAAAUGCGUGAUUCGGCUCAAGCUGAGCAAGACAGGGUACUGCAACUGUCCGCGUCUGGACUGGAUGAGAAUGCGCCUAUCCUGCAAGUUGUUAGGUCCGAGGUCGAGGAUGAGGCGCGUCAACGUUUUGACAAACAGUUGUACGAGAUUGAACAUCGACAUAAGCUCGCCCUGAGCCACGAGAAGGCUGUGCGAGCAGAGUUGGAAAAGUGGAAGGAUCGCGCGGAGAAGGACAACCAACUGCGGGCAGGAAGAGAGUCCACGGUCUUGACUCACCUGAAGGAUCAAGUUGACGCGCUACGCCGCGAGAAGAACGCGGCAGUGGUCGACUCCAACACAGAACGCCUGCGCAACGAACGACUUCGAAAGACGGUUGCAGAAAGCCAGAAGUUGAUUGAAGGCAGAAAGGCUCGCACAGAAGAAAGUCGCAGAGAUUAUUUUGGAUAUCGUGAGCUUUUCCACUCCAUGGGUGACCAGAUAUACGAGACGCUAGGUGGUGCGACAUCGAUUGAAGAGGACUUGGAGCGCGAGGCUCUGCUAUGGCGAAAAUCGGCACAGGUCUUCCAAAAAAACAGAGAACUUCUAUUGUUCCGACAAAAUUCGACAUAUGACACUCUCCAACGCACUAUCAACGAGUUCCUGGAAGGCAGGGCCAUCGCAGCGCAGGCGGCAGCCUCAAACGUUCGUCAGCGGUCUGGCAAGCUCUUGGAGGCACGGAAGUCGCUCAAUUUGCAAGGCCACGCCUCGCGCAUGGUGACCAAUUACCUUCAUUUCGAGGCGGAGCCGACACAUGCUAGGGCAGUGUCUGUGGUACAUUACAUGUCCCUUGUUCUGCCUUUUAAGCAGCGUCUUGAGUACUGUCACGGACAAAUUACCGACGUUGCUGCCCGCAUACAAAAGCUACAAGAUAUGUCCUCAGAGGUUUCUACGGAACUGGAACGUAAAUUAACGAUGCUCAAAGCGCGCAGAGAGCUACUUGGAGAGUUCCUCAAAUACGCCGAAGCAUUCCGAGUCCGAGAGGCCAUGGCAGCGCUUCUCAAUGGUAGCGCCGAGGAUCGUAUCACUUUUGUGCGAACGCGUGCAGUACACGACCGUUUCCGUACUUUGACGAAUGUGAUUGCGAGGAACGAGAGUGACCAUAGCCUGGAAGCAAUCGGGAGACAGCUCUCGAGGGCCAGAGGCCUCAUUACACAGCAAGAGAACUUCGUGCGGUCUCGGUUGAUUGCACAGCAAGACCUGGGUCAGCUCGACCAGACUCUUGUCGAAGAAGCCGACAGCGAAAUUCGAAGGCGUCUUAAAAUCCACAACCAUGAAGCCGACGUAGCUUUAGAUGUCAUUGUUAGGCAGCGCAGGAGUCUCGCCAAGAAUAUGCGUGAGCGCAAAAUGAAGCUGCGGAAGGUGGCGACAACAGUCGGCCGAUCUAGCAGCACCGUCAACGAUCUAGCAGUCACUGAUCUCGCCAAGAACAUGCGUGAGCGCAAAAUGAAGCUGCGGAAGGUUGCGACAACAGUCGGCCGAUCUAGCAGCACCGUCGACGAUCUAGCAGUCACUGAUCUCCCGCUCGCAACCGAAAACCCAGGUCUUGCACGUGCAAAUAGAGUCGUGCGCCGUCGCCAUACUCGCAAGUCACGUGUACACAUAAGACUGGCUCUUCAUGUGCGACCCCCCGAAAAACUUAGUGCUCUCGAUGCGGAGAACAUUUCAGCAUCCGCUGGAGCAGGCCGACUCAACUUCACUCCCACACCGCCCAUGCAGUCUUCUCACUUCCCAUCACCGCAUUCUCUCAGCAAGAGUCAGGAGCAGGUGUCGCGGUGGUCCACUCUCGGUAACGCUUUGAGGACCCAGAGCGACACGAACUCGGGGCAUGUAGCAGUGCUGAAGCCAAGCGGUAGAAAGGAUGCGGCGGAAUCGGCAGAAUCUCAGUCAGUUGCCAUGACAACCUCGGUCGACCAAUCAGCACACAAAGAGGACGCGCAAACCUCAAAGACACUCACUCGUCAGAGCAGCACUGCUACAUCGACUCCUCCAGCAAAGGCACACGCGUCUCCUUUAGGACCGCAAGAACACGCCAUGUCACAUGCAGGCAUUUUCAGCCGGGACCAUCUCGUCGACAGUGAUGCUGUGUCGAUACCAAGCUCGCUGUCCUCAUAUGUGCCCAGUGACAAUGAUUCUGCAGAAGCUGAUGUUGCGCCAGGAAGUCCAGCUGCGGAAGACGCUUCGGCAGUGACACCCGAGCCUCAUACGAUCUUAGACUAUCAAAUCCCGCAGAAGGCAUACCGCGAAGCUGUCAUGGCCUCAACGAGCUCGAAUGCCGCAUUCUGGACUCAUCAGCUAUACAAGUCAAGCGAAGGCAAAUCUCCCAUCGUGUACUACUGCAAAAAUCUCGACACCGCAGAGCGGCAGUGCAAGCUCUUUCUCAAAGAACCCGUGCUCGGCUUUGAUCUGGAAUGGGAAAUGAAUUCGACUCUGGGCAAGAGCCCGAUCAAGAAGUGCGUGUCACUAAUUCAGCUUGCUUCCGAGGAUAAGAUCUGUCUUAUUCAUGUGGCUUGCUUUGCCGGAGAAACAGCCGAACAACUUCUCCCACCGAGUCUGAAGACAAUUUUGGAAGAUGUUAGGGUUGUGAAGGCGGGUGUCCACAUCAACAACGAUGCUCAGCGUAUGCGGCGCUGUUUCGACGUCGAUAUGAAAGGAAUCUUCGAGCUGAGCCAUAUGUAUCGUCUUGUCAAGACCCCAGACGCAGUCAGCUUCAAGCUUGUCAAGUUGGCUGAACAGGUACAGGACACGUUGUUGCUGCCGCUGAAGAAGGACGACGUUCGAGUUUCAGCUUGGUCGAAGUCAUUGAACGCACAGCAGUGCGCCUAUGCUGCAGCUGACGCCUACGCUGGUUUUCGGCUAUUUCACCAGCUUGAUAACCUGCGAAAAGACCUCAGGCCAACGCCACCGCGUCCUGCGUUUUUCGAAACUUACCAACCAAUCAUACUUGGAGACGGCACCAUUAUUGAGCGGGCCACUACCAGGCCGAAAAAGGCCGUCAAAAAGUCUGCAGCAGUACUUGGCGAUGCACAUGAAAGCGAUGAUGAGUACCAUGACGCUCUCGAGGAGUUGCCUAAUACCUACGAACUCGGCGCGGCAGCUCUUCAAGAUGGCAAGGUCGACAUUGAUGAAGCUGAUCCAGAGUCUGUUGCUGCACUCCGCGAAGUGAUGGAAAAGACUUACCUGAGAGGCUCGCCGUCUAGUGUCGAUAGCCAGACAUCUAUCGACGCUGGGUCGAAUACAACUGUCAACGCAAUUCCCACUCAAGCGAUGCCCAAGUCUGAGUCCAAGCCUUCAAAGCCAGCAUCCCAUGUUCUCGUGGCAUCGCCGGAAACCAUGUUAGCAGACAUGUGGAUAGAUUCUCUGGCUUCUCGCAACCCCAAAGUAGGCGCCGCAAGCUUGAGGGCCUAUCAUCUCUGGCAUCACCAGAAUCACAGCCUCGAUGCCGUCGCAGGACUGUGUCGACAGCCACCCUUGGCCCUGACGAGCGUUGCCAGCUACAUUAUGACUGCCAUCAAGGAGGAAGAUAUGCCGUACGACAAGGACCGGCUCAAGGAGGCUUUUGUGCAUUUACCGAAGAGUGUAUGGCACGUCUAUGGAAAAUGGGUAAAGGAGUUGGGAUUGGAUCAAUAAUAGCAUUGCCGGGGAUAGAGUUGAUACCUUACGUUUGUGUUGUCGUGCAUAGCGAAGGUGAAAUGGGUUCUGAAUUCACAUGUACACUGCGUAUGUACAGGUAGUGAUGGACAGGAGUACAUCAUUGCACAAGGUCCUUAAUGUAGUGCAGUCACGAAUGAGAAAACUCUGCUCCAGUUCAUGUUGGAUUCAGUUUUUCCGCACUCACGUUCAGUAAGGUACUGCCUGCCGCACGAAGUCUCAAGUUCAUUGCAAUCAUUUACACUUCUCCCCACCACUGAUUUCUCGUCCUCUCCAUUUCC